AUGCGCUUUAACGACAACCGUUGGACCAGAGCCGUGAGCGACUGGGUUCCCCGCGAUAUUAAGCGCACUACAGGAAGACCGCCGACCCGAUGGUCAGAUUUCUUCACGAAGUUCUUCAAAGAAAAAUAUGAUGCUCUUCGUGUCCCACGCGAAAGAAGGAACCACUGGGCUACUCUGGCACGCGAUCAGUACAAAUGGAAGAAUUACUGGUGCCCGCUCGACCAGUUUGUAGAUCAACGGGAGUCAAAGUGA